GUUCUAUCCUUAGGGCGAGCAAGUUAUUACAAAUACUGAUUUCAUUUUUAAAAGUUUUCUAGUCGUUGUGAAUUUAAAGAGGACUGUAUUAUCACCUUUAAGUAAAAACAAAAAGACUAAACAAAGCUUUUCUAAAGACAGGGGGUUCAGAGAGAUGUAAAGCCACUUUUCAGAUUCACUGUUAUGUUUUACAGCAUUUGACCAACACUGAAGACACAAUAUGAUCCUCAUUUUGGAUGAAAAACAACAAUUUAUUUUUCACUUGUCUCUUGGCCUGUUGAGUUUGCUGCAGUUUACAGAAUGUGAAAAAAUUAGGCUGGUCGGACCUUCAUGUUGCUCUGGCAGAGUGGAGGUCUUCCACCAAGACAGCUGGGGAACUGUCUGUGAUGAUGAGUGGAGCAUUGCCAAUGCUGAGGUGGUGUGUCGAGAGCUAAACUGUGGGACAGCUAUGGAGGCCAAAAAUGGUGCUUCCUUUGGACGUGGAAAGGAUGAGAUCUGGUUGGAUGAUGUACAGUGUGUUGGGAAUGAGUCUUCCGUCCUUCAGUGUCAGCACAAACCGUUUGGGCAAAAUAACUGUGGCCACAAUGAAGAUGCAGGAGUGGUCUGUUCAGGCCAGAGAAAAUCCAACAUCACCAUCCACCAACAAUUAGCCACGAACACCAUUCUGGGCAGCACCAUAGCUGCGUGGAGGGAGCACAUCAGGGCCAGUGAGAUUGCUCUCUCCCUCUCCACGCCGACACAGCAGCAGUACCAGCAGCGAACCGAGCUCGCCGUGAAGCAGCUUCAGCAGCAGUCGCCACAGGAAUUCCUCUCUCUCCACAUGCCAGCCGAGACCUCGUUUGCCUGCCUGUUCGCCGGCCUCCCUCCUGGCGGCUAUGUGGUCGGAGGAUGA